AGGGGAUGACCAGAGACUGCGGACACAGUACAGGAGAUGACCAGAGACUGCGGACACAGUACAGGAGAUGCCCAGAGACUGCGAACACAGUACAGGAGAUGACCAGAGACUGCGGACACAGUACAGGAGAUGACCAGAGACUGCAGACACAGUACAGGAGAUGCCAAGAGACUGCGGACACAGUACAGGAGAUGACCAGAGACUGCGGACACAGUACAGGAGAUAACCAGAGACUGCGGACACAGUACAGGAGAUGACCAGAGACUGCGGACACAGUACAGGAGAUGACCAGAGACUGCGGACACAGUACAGGAGAUGACCAGAGACUGCGGACAUAGUACAUGAGAUGACCAGAGACUGUGGACAGUACAGGGGAUGACCAAGAGACUGCAGACAGUACAGGGGAUGACCAGAGACUGCAGACAGUACAGGGGAUGACCAGAGACUGCAGACAGUACAGG